AUGAUUACGAGCUGUUCCGAGAAGAAAAUUCGCGUGUAUACCCGGUACUCGGUGCUGGCGUGGUUGUUCAAGUCCAAGACGGUAGACGGGAGAUGCCUCAAGUGGGCGGUCAACCUGUCUCCCUCGGACCUGGAUAUCCGGCGAGUCGAGAACGACCAAGAUGGCCUGGCAGCGAUCCUGGGAGCGGGAAUCACGCCCCGGGAACGCCUCGACGAAGUCGCCGAGAUCCUAGUUCCGGACAAGGGUUACCGGAUCAAGACAUCCCCGGUCAGCCUGGAAAUGCUCUCUAGUGACCACAUCGGACACCUGCUGAGCUUCGACGGAGCUGCCAAGAGAGAUGGGUCCGGGGGCGCCGCAUGCAUCCUCUGGAGCCUCCCGAGUUGGGAGAUUGUGGCUGCCACGGGACACUUCCUCGAGAAGGCCACCGUGAACGAAGCCGAAUACUCCGGACUAGUCAAAGGCAUGCAACUCGCUCUUAACGCGGGGAUCCAGGAAUUGGUAGUAGUCGGAGACUCCCGGCUGCUCCAGGAAGCCGAAGGACUCCAAGCUAAGUUCAAAUCCUUGCGCCUGGUACACGUGAAGAGAGACUUCAACGCCGCCGCCGACUACAUUUCCAAGCGGACAACGCACCUGGCCAAGAUAGCAGACCAGUUUGUACUGGACUCCUGGGACGCAUUGUUCUAUGUGAGUCGAAACACUCCGGAACGCCCCCGGGAUGCUGCCGACCGCCUCCGCCUGGUGGUCCCCCAAGACCUCCAAGAGGAUAUUCUGUCACGCAGACCUCCAAGGCUCACCAGGGAGUGCGUGGAUUGUGCCACGGCUAAGGGGUUACACCGGAACCCAGGCUCAUCACCCGGUAACUUGCUGGCUACGCCACCGUUCCAAGUCGUCUCGAUGGACUUCGUCAUACCGUUGCAUCAGUCAGCCCGAGGGAACACCGCACUACUCUUGUUCCAGUGCGCGUUCUCGGGAUUCAUCAUGUGCAAAGCCAUGGCGAGCACUGAGGCCCAGGACGUGGCCGAAGCUUACGAAGAAUGCGUGUUCCGGAGGUUCGGGGCCAGCGAAAUGAUCCGCCACGACCGAGACCCACAAUUCAUGGGUCGCGUGUUCAAGCACUUCCGGGAGAUGCUCGGGAGCAGGCAGCGCGCGACCCUGGCCUACCGCCCCCAGGCGAACGGACAGCAGGAAAGGUCAGUGCAGACAGUGAUCAGAAGUGUCAAGGCGCACGUCCAGACUGUAGACCAGAGCCCUGUUGAAGCCAUGAUGGGAGAUUUCCCCCGAGAAGUACAACUCCGAGAUGCCCAGGAAUGGCGCACGAAGAUCCAAUGCCAAGUCGAGUACGCCCGGGCCUGGGCCCGGGACCUCCAAGCGAAGGCCAAAAGCCGCCGAGUCGAGGACCAUAACCAGAAGUGGAAACACCUAACGGACCGGCUCAAGGAAGGCUUCGAGGUUGGGGAUUCAGUUUGGCUCUACCUAGCACGGGUUCGCCCCGGGCUCACCAAGAAGCUAGCUCAUCUUUGGCACGGUCCAUUCCGGAUCCUGGAAAAAGGUAGUGAUUACCGGUAUCGUCUCCAGGUUGAAGGGACCGAGUAUCGAUUUUACCCCUGGGUCCAUGUCAGCCGGCUUAAGCCCCGAGCCAAGUACCCGGAGCGACCCUUGGAGGCCAUGAAUAUCCCGGAGGACGACGGCUUCGACGCGGCGCUGCUUCGUGAAGAUAGCUGGGAGCCCGAUGAGGGCUCCGGGGAGUACGAAGUAGAAGCAAUACUCGAUGGACGCCUCAAUUGCGGGAGGCUCCUCUACGAGUUCGACCAGGGAGAGCGAGCCCGCGUGCGUUUUCAGGCCAUGCAGUCUGGAGACGAGCUCCCGGACGAAGAGGUCCGGUAG